UGUAGUGAUGAUGAUUGCCUUGAUCUGGAUUGACUAGAUUGAUUCCCGCCAGACUAGUUUGUCUCCAAUGAGAUCGAUUUUGCCGGCUAAUCCGUGUCCGGGAGAAUUGAAUAGAUGGUCAAAUAUCGAACGACCUCGCUUUGGAAGGGUAAUAUAAACAAUGCAACACAACGAUCAUGGGUCGGUAUGGAUAAAAUGGAUGCCGAAAGUUUCGAUCAAAAUGAGCUCAUCUGGCUGUCUUCAACGUAGCCAAACAUUCAACAUUUUCCACACGAUGGAUUGAGCAGCGUUCACAGUUUUUGACACUUCAACGUUGGAGCAUCGCGCAGGCUGGAGAACCUGUAGUUUUGCGAUGCAGACGCCAAUCUUAUUAGGGUUACGCACCGUCUUUCUCUUGUUCGUCAAUCUAUUCAUAACAGAUUGUACGGCUCAAUCACCAACACCGACACUGAACUCGAUAUCUUCCCCAACAGCAUCAGCUUCCGGCUCUCAACACUUCAUUCAUCCGGCAGGAGGCGACGUACUUACGCUUGGGACCACGCUCACAAUACGCUGGACCGCAAUCACAAACUACAAAUACGUAACCAUCCAAUUGCGGGACAAUACCUCCCAAGGAUUUAGUCAAGAUCUGCUUACGCCCUGUACUCCAUUUUCGCGGAAAUACUGUGGGAACAUCGCGACACAUGCACCAAACACGGGAAGCUUUGAGUGGGUGAUACCUAUUCCAGUGAACGGGACCGAUAGCACCGGCCAUACUUUCCCACGCGGAGAACGAGUUUUCUGGUUGAAAAUGUUUGUAGAAGAUUUCAUAAACGCUGAGACUGGUAACAAACAGCCGGUUUUAAGCUACAGCCAGAUAUUUGCCUUUGCAAAAGAGGGGGAGAGUGGAACAACAGUGUCUGUUGACGUAGCUACCUUGAUGGUGGCGGGAGGCCUCCCAUUGGAGACUAUAGCGCUGACCGACGCGGCCCCAGGAAGUAUUACUACGCAAACUGCUGAGGCAACCACAGUCACGGCAGGCGAUACAGCCAAGGCCUCCACAUCUACAACAAGGAAAGCAUCUUUCAAAAGCAGCCAUUCGGUAAAACGUGCCGUAGACGGAGGAUUGGUUGUCAUGGCGAGCGUAUUCGGAAUUGAAUCUCUUUUGUCAUGGAUGUAGAUGCGAAAACUACACUUGCGUCUCAAUGCGCAAAUAUACAUCUCAAAAGUGGCCACGUCUGGAGUUUGCCAUGAACAGAGCUUCUUUCCGUCCGCCAACCUCGAAUUAUAUGUAAACGCGGCCAUGUGGCCGCCGAAAACACGUUGAGAUUUCAGAUAUCGCGAAAUGCUCAAUGACUUGGUAC